AUGCUGCAAGUUUCAGGCGGAAGAAUGAAUAGCUCUAGCAACCGCGGCAGAAGUACCCGAGGCAGGACUGGUGCGACAGAUCGCGGUGGCAUCCGGAAACGAGGAGCCACCCCUCGAAUCGAUCGAGAUGGAGAUAUGGACAUGGCUGCUUCCGCGGCUGGUUCGGGAAGAGGCCGUGGACGGGGAGCUCGUGGAGGCGCAUCCGGACGAUCGUCGAGGAGACCUGGCGAGAAAGAGAAGACGAUCGAUGCGCUCCAGAAGGCGAUUUUCAACAGCUCAUCUUCCCAGGCCAAUAUCAGACACGGCCGAGGGCCUAUGGUAGACGGGGCCUCGAGACGGAGCUUGACACAGAUCAAAGUCGGCGGGUGGAAAGCGAGCAAGGCGGCUUCGAACCCAGAUGGUGGCGUCGUCAGUCUUAUCGCAUUUUUGGAGAAGAAGACCACUCCCAUGGACCAGAACGCCACGGCCCCUGGACGAUUCAAGAUUACAAAGUCGCGGGUUGAAGGCGACAAUAUGAUAAUAUCAGUUCGACCCGAACAGGUGGAUGGAUUUUUACGACUGAAUGGGUACUCGUUUGCCGGGGCUCCGAUUUCGGUGGAACUACAUGAUGGACCGGGGAUUUCAGGCACUUCAUCACGACCAUCUCAGGGACCGUCCCAAGCCGCUAUUGAUACGAAAGCAAAGAUGACCGCUUUUCUGGCAAAGAGAUAUUCGGAACCAGGAAAACUUCUCGACCUAUCGAAAUUGGGGACCGAUCCCGAUCUGGUGGAGAUGGGGAUGUUCAAUAGCGUGACCACGGAGUCAAAGUUCUUUCCUGCUCUGAUGAAAGUGUGCGAGCUUACUUUCGACUCCGCGGCUAAACGAAAGGCUGCGGUUGAGAGUGUCAGCCUAGCAAACAAUCAACUAGUAAACCUCACGGCUGUCACCUCGCUCGCGCAGACUUUCCCCGAAGUCAAGAAUCUAGACUUGUCCCACAACCAAUUAAAAGAUAUCUCAAGCCUGGCGACCUGGAGGUGGAAAUUUCGCAACCUCGACUUUUUAGAUCUGACAGGGAACCCGGUAUGCACAGAGCCCAAUUUCAAGGAAACCAUGAUAAAAUGGUAUCCUCAGCUUCGGACAUUGAACAAUACCCCUGUCCGGACAGCCGAAGAGAUCGCCGCUCAGAAGAAAACUCCCAUCCCAGUGAUGGGCCCCAGUUUCCAGGAUGAGGGCCAGAUUGCGGAGAACUUCGUCAAAGCGUUCUUCGCAGGCUUUGACAGUAACCGAAACGAUUUACUUAACGGAAUUUACGACGCAAACUCCAUAUUUUCAUACAACGUCAACACCGUGGCACCACGAGCUGCACAAACGGAAUCAACACCAUCGUGGGACGCAUACAUCCGAAAAAGCAGAAAUCUUCUAAAAAUCAACCACCUUUCCGCCCGCAUGUCACGAAGCUUUGUUGGCACUGAAAGCAUUCGUGAGGCAUGGAACUCCUUUCCACAAACAAAACACCCGGAGAUCCUUUCCAAUCCCAAAGAAUGGCUUAUUGAAUGUCAUCCUAUCCCUGGCCUUCCCGAUAUCAACAAUCAAAGCGCUACUGGGGUUGGCGGUCUGUUAAUUACUGUACAUGGGAAAUUUGAAGAGAUGUAUCCUGGUACUGGAGACAAGACUCAAACGCGCAGCUUCGAUCGGACAUUUGUCCUUGGUCCUGGAAACGGCCUUGGAGGACUCCGGGUUAGCAAUGAUAUGCUCUGCCUCCGAGUAUUCGGGGACUGUACUGCAUGGAUUCCAGAACACGAACAGGUGCCAGUUGUUCCCCAGGUUCCCCAAAUUCCCCCAGUGGUGACAGUCACACCAGCCCCACCAACAGCAAUCCCACCGAUUCAACAACCAACACCCGACCCUUCCCAGCUAUCAGCACAACACCCAGAAGCUAAACCAGGGUAUGGAAUACCACAACCGGGGAAAUCGGAAGAGCAAGUCAAGCAGGAACAACUUGUGCUUCAGAUAAGCUUUAAGACGAAAAUGACGCUAGCAUUCUCAGAAAUGGCUCUCAGCGCUGACUACAACCCGAUCGAACACCUAAAUGCUAUCUUCUCCCACCCGUCCACCCUCGUUGCCGUACCAAAAACCUCCCAGGCCCUCCAGGUAUACCAAGAUGAACUCGACGAAGAUAUUACUACGCUCGUGGAAGCGCAGGCAGCUUCCAACCAGGAAAGCGUUGAGCGCAUCCGCAACGCCAAAGAGGAUAUGGCCGAGCUCUUCAAGAAGAUCGAGGAAGUCCGAGAGCGAGCGUUGAGGACCGAACAGGCAAUUACGGCGAUGACGGCAGAUAUUAAACAACUGGAUAAUGCGAAGGGGAAUUUGACGUUGUCUAUGACUACGCUGAAGAGGCUUCAGAUGCUUACCACUGCGUAUGAACAGCUCAAAGCGCUGAGCAAGUCGAGGCAGUAUCGGGAUUGCGCACAAUUACUCCAAGCCGUUAUACAACUAAUGGCGCAUUUUAAGUCAUACCGCUCGAUUGACCAGAUUGCUACGCUAAGUCGGAACGUUGCUGAUAUACAACGGGAGCUGUUGGAACAAGUCUGCGAGGAUUUUGAAAUCAUAUUCGCCAAGGGAGAAACAACGCAGAAAAGGAACACUCUAGCUGAAGGCUGCCUCGUCAUGGAGGCGUUGGGAGAUUUGGCCAAAUCGAGACUCAUUACCUGGUACUGCAACACGCAACUGAGAGAAUAUCGCCAAGUAUUCAGAGGAAACGAGGAGGCCGGGUCCCUCGACAAUAUUUCUAGGAGAUAUUCCUGGUUUAAAAGGAUGUUGAAAACUUAUGACGAGGAGCAUGUGAUGAUUUUCCCGGCCUCUUGGAAAGUUAACGAAGUUUUGGCAAAUAUCUUCUGUGAAGGGACAAGGGAUGACUUCAAAGGGAUAUUAUCCAGGUCUGUACGAAGUGGACAAACUAUGGACGUCAACCUUAUACUAUCAUGCCUUCAGGAAUCCCUUGAUUUCGAAAACUUCCUUGACAGACGCUUCACCAGCGCUUCCCGUGCAUCAACGGAUACGUUUGCCUCGAGCGAAUCGCCUAUUUUCUCGCAGACCAUUUCCGAAGCCUUUGAGCCCUACCUGAGCUUAUGGGUAUCUGCCCAAGGCAAACAACUUGACGGCCUCAUUCGAAAAUAUAGAGAGCAGCCAAUUAAGCCUCAGGAUGAAGAAUAUUCGCCGCAACUUGUUAUACACUCUUCAACAGAACUGUUUACCUUCUACCGCCUAUCUCUUGCGCAGUGUGCUAAGCUAUCUACGGGAAACUCUCUUGCUGAGUUAACGAAGGUGUUUGGCAAAUACCUCGACCAGUACGCACAGCAGGUGCUGCUGCAUUACAUUAGUGACCGCCCUGCUAGCCAGGUUUCUUCAAAGUUGCCAUCAUGUGAAGAUCUCACCAUGGUUCUUAACACAGCAGAUUAUUGCUAUACUACCUGCAAUCAACUUGAAGAAAAGAUAAAAAGCAAAAUAGACGAACAGUUUAAACAACAAGUGGAUCUCCAGAGCCAAGCAGAUGCGUUCAUGGGAAUAGCAAGUGCAAUUGUUCGACUUCUUGUGCGGAAAGUCGACAUUGAACUUGAACAAACCUGGAGAGAGAUGCGGAAUACAUCUUGGAGUGCACAAGAUGGCGUUGGAGAUCAAAGCCCAUACGUUGAAGUUCUGUUGUCAAACUUAAAGGCAAGAUCUGACGAGACAUUAGAAAUGCUUCACAAGCAGCAGUAUCAGCGGGCUUUUGUUGAUAACCUGGUGGAACAUACAACCACAAGUUACAUCUCGAAUAUUUAUCAGUGCAAGCCCGUUUCAGAAGCUGGCGCAGAGCAGAUGCUCCUUGAUAGUUAUGGUCUAAAAACCGGGCUAUCAGGCCUCCUCUCACCAGCGCCCGCUGCAUUUACGAAACGUGUCAACCAAAGUUUCCAGAAAAUCGAUACUCUUCUUAAGACACUCCAAGUUCGAGCGGUUCCGCCCGAGGCACUUGUGCAAGCCUACCUUAUCCAUAUUGCCGAUAAGAGUGACAACAAUUUUAGGAAGAUACUUGAUAUAAAGGGGAUCAGAAGCAAACAGGAGCAGAAUCGUCUCGUUGAACUGUUCCAGGUUCAUAAGACGUCUAACCGCCAUGCCUCCAACUUGCAAGAAAGCAAUCCGUUAAUUUCCUACCUACAACCUCCAGCACCUACUGCAGCGAUUUCCCCCUCUGUAGCCCAAGGUCUCGGCUUGGCUAACCUGGGAGGCACCGCGAAUCCCUCAUCAGGGGCCAACACGCUCCCAACACGCUUCGACCCAUCAACGCUUGGAUCGGCACUUAUAUCCGCUGCCCGCGAUGGUGUUGAUAGACUAGGAACACCUGGUCUGGGAAACCUCGGGAACACACCAGGCGGAGCUUCGGGGGGUAGUGGUCGUGCAGCAACUGGAUCUGUAGUCCAGUCUGGAACAGGAACACCGCUUCCAAGCUCGAACCUCAAUCCGGCUGGCCAGGGCGCAGACACAAACGAAGGAGGAUCGUCAGCAGCUGCAAACUUGAAUGAGAAUCUUAAGAACAUAGGGAAGUUUUUCCGUCGAGAUCUUAGUGGGUUGGGUGGAAGGUUUGGGAUAGGAGGUGAUGAUAAUAGCCAGCGAUGA